CGACGCGCGAAAUAUUGAUCCGACGCUGUCAGCAUCAUUGAAAGAGAUGGCUCUGCGAUGGCGUAUAAAGCCACAUGAGAUGUCUUCGCUUUGAGAGCAUCAAACAGUGCAUCAACUUUCAAUCGUCUAUUUCAUUACAACGAUCCUUCGCAGCUCUCAUCUCCAGAACAUUCAAACAACGCUUUGGUCAUGUCUAAGCUUAUCACUGUCUUUGGUGCCACUGGCAACCAGGGUGGUUCAGUCAUCAAGCACCUCCUCGCCGAUUCGACCCUCUCCAAGACUUUCAAGAUUCGUGGUAUCACUCGCGACGUUUCCAAGCCUGCAGCUCAAGCUUUGGCCAAGCAAGGUGUUGAGAUGAGGACCGCCGAUUUGAGCGACAAGUCCUCCGUCACUGAGGCCCUCCAGGGAUCUGACACCGUCUUCCUCGUCACUAACUACUGGGAAAGCGCCAAGUACGACGUCGAGUUCGGUCAGGGCAAGAACGUUGCAGAUGCCGCGAAAGAGCUUGGUGUCCAGCACUUGAUCUUCUCUUCGCUGCUGCACGUCGGCAAGCUUACGAAUGGCCGCCUUUCGCACGUUCCUCACUUCGAGGCAAAGGCGGACAUCGAGGAGUAUAUCCGGGAGAGCGGCGUUCCUGCUUCAUUCUACUUACCCGGUUACUUCAUGAGCAAUUUUGUUCAGUCGGUGCAGAAGGGCGAAGACGGUACCUUGUCUUUCGCAUUCCCUGUUAGCAAGGACGCUAAGUUCCCGCUUGCCGAUACUGUCGAAGACACUGGCAAAUUUGUCAAGGCCAUCAUCAAAAACCGUGACGCGACGCUCGGCAAACAGAUACUCGGUGCUGAGAAUUACUACACGCCCGAGCAAAUCCGAUCUGGCUUGGAGGCAGCUACUGGCAAGAAGACAAUCUAUACGCAGUUGUCAGCUGAGCAGUACAAAGGCUUUCUGCCACCUUCUGUAGCAGAGGAGUUUCUGGAGAACCACUUGUUCAUUGAGGAGCCGGGUUACUUCAAUGGCGCAGAUCUCAAGGAGAGCCAUGAAAUUCUUGAGGACAAGCUCACGACCUGGAAGGACUUCAUUACAAAGAGCGGUUCAUUCUGAAGAGUUAGGUCAUGAAAUAACAGCAAGUGCUUCGUAAC